GUAGUUCCGUGUUGUCACCGCGGAAGAUCCUGACUGAACAACGAUAACCGGUAUUAAUGUUCUAAUCUGAAUUUAACAGGGUAUUAUUGAUCAUGUAGGUAGUCUAGUGGACCAAGGCGGGCUGUUGUAGCUGGUGUGGUGUGUGUCAGCUCGGUUCCGUGUGGAUAGGCAUGUGUUCCGUCAUCUAGCAGGUCCGACAGGUUCAUCCUCACUCCUCCUCCUCCGGACCCGAACAUGAGGGUCCGCUCGUCGCUGUUCGCCUCCUUCAUCCUGCUGUGUGAGGUGGUGGGCACCGUGCUGUUCCUGCGGGGCUUCUUCCCCGUCCCCGUCAGGUCCUCCCUGCCCUCCAGGAGCCGGCCGGAGGACGUCCCGAGGGAGCCGCUGGCAGGUGGCUCCACGAACGCCUCCGCCCCCCGGCCCCUGUUCAGCAGGGUGGUCAUCAUGCUGGUGGACGCCCUCCGAGAGGACUUUGUGUUGGGGCCCCAGGGCCGCGUGUUCAUGCCCUACACCAGACACCAGGUGGAGAGAGGCUCAUCCCACAGCUUCGUGGCCAAGGCACGAGCCCCCACGGUCACCAUGCCCAGGAUCAAGGCUCUUACCACUGGCAGCAUCCCAGGCUUCAUUGAUGUGGUAAUGAACCUGAAUUCUCCUGCACUGUUGGAAGACAACCUUAUCUGGCAGGCCAAAACAGCAGGGAAGAAGAUAAUCUUCUAUGGAGAUGAUACCUGGGUGCGUCUGUUCCCCAAGCACUUCAUGGAGUACGAUGGCACGACCUCUUUCUUUGUGUCCGACUACACUGAGGUGGACAACAACGUAACCCGUCACCUGGACAGCACGCUGAAGAGAGACGACUGGGAUAUGUUGAUUCUCCACUACCUGGGCCUGGACCACAUCGGUCACAUCAGCGGGCCCCACAGUUCACUCAUCCAACCCAAGCUGCUGGAGAUGGACGACGUCCUGAAGAAGAUCCAUAGCGCUCUCAUUUCAAAGGAAGCAGAGGGGUCCCUGCCUUACCUGCUGGUGCUGUGUGGAGACCACGGCAUGUCGGAGACCGGCAGCCACGGAGGCUCCUCGGAGCCAGAAGUCAACACCCCGCUGGUGCUCCUCAGUCCUGCCUUCAAAAGGAAAGUGGGGAUGGAGCAGCCCAAAGUGGUGGAGCAGGUGGAUCUGACCCCCACGCUGGCGCUGGGGCUCGGCCUCCCCAUCUCUCAGAAUAGCGUGGGCCGUGUCAUCCCGGGCGUCUUGGAGGAAACCUCUCUCAGAGAGCAGCUGCGCUUCCUGCAUCUCAAUGGCCACCAGCUCAGCUGCCUGCUCAAAGACAGCACGUCUGACUACCAGAAAGAGGAAGGAUUUGAACAGUUUCGUGUGGCGGAAAAGGCUCAUGGGAACUGGAUGAAGCUCUACAUGGAAGGGAAUACCUCCGAAGUGCUUACCAACAUGGGCAAAAAGGUCCUAAAGCUGUACCUGGAGGCUCUGGAGGCCAUGAGUGGUUCCCUCAGCAAACAGCUGGGCAAAUAUGACAUGUACUCCAUGAUUGUGGGCAUGGUCUUCAUAUUUCAGCUGCUGUUGGUGUUACUGCUGGCGAUGCCCGAAGCCCUGAGCGGCUCGGCAACGGUGGACUUCCCCGUCUUCUCAUCCCUGCUCUCCCUGCCGUUCUACCUCCUGUGCCUGCUUCUCGCAUCGGUGCACGUCCUGGUGUGCACGUCUGCAGAGAGCUCCUGUUACUUCUGCAGCCUCUCCUGGGGACUCGUGUUUGCUGCUGUGGCCUUCUCCUCAGCAAUGUUUUGUAUUCUGAUCUCCAUAGCAACACGGAGACUUCCCCUCGGACCAAAGAUUCACGGGAAAUCUCCACUGAGGAUCUUUGGCGGGGAGUGGCUGCUCUCAGAGCUGGACGUUCUGCUGUUGGCAGGAACGGUCGGUCACACUCUCAGCCUGGCGGCCAGCAGCUUCGUAGAGGAAGAGCAUCAGACCUGGUACUUCCUGCUCAACACCCUCUGCCUCACCGUCUUCCAGGAUGUGUGCCGAAAGUACUUCAGGGAGCAGAGUGGUUCUGGGGAUGAAGAGGAGCAUGCCCUCCCUUCUAAAAAUAAUCAUCCCUUUACUCACCCCAAAUCAGAGAUUUACUCAGAGAAGUGGCUCGCUUUGGCCACGCCACCCUUCACUCUGGUGUGCUGCCGGCUGCUGCGCUCCCUCAACCAGACAGGAAUCCAGUGGGCUCAUCUUCCCGAUGUCGGGCAUUGGCUUAACAGCUCUGAACACAAGAUGGUCCUUUCCGUGCUGUCGGCCUUCUGUUUGGUUCUCAUCUACCUCCUGGUUCAAAGACGGUGCUCGUGGGUCUCCAAGGCGGCCCUGGCCCUCGGACUCCUGGGCGUCUACAGCUAUCGGGCAGCUGUCGGCAACGUCUUGUUUCCCUGGCAGCAUCCUGGUCGAGCCGUGUCCAAGGGAACCGUGGAGGCGCGCUUUGUUUACGUCUUUGUGUUGGGAAUCCUCUUCUCGGGCACCAAGGACCUCCUGCGAUCCCAGAUCAUCACAGCAGAUGCCAAACUGAAAGGCCGGGGAUUAUGGGAGAUUUACAGCGGCCUGGUGUUGGUGGUUUCACUUCUUUUCCGUGCCCACAACCUGCCAGUGCUCUGCUGCUGCCUCUUGGUGCAGACGCUCAUGGCUCAGUUCAUCUGGAAGAAGCUCCACUACGACGCAGCCCAGACCACCAUCAUGCACUACUGGUUCGGUCAAGCCUUCUUCUACUUCCAGGGCAACUCCAACAACUUGGCCAGCAUCGACAUUUCGGUUGGAUUUGUGGGGCUGGAAAGCUACGUUGAGGCGCCUGCCAUCUUCUUAACGGCCCUGGGCACGUACGCAGGCCCCCUGCUUUGGGCGUUUCACCUUGUCUGCUACCUAAGCUCAGAGAGAGACAGGAGUCCGGUAGCGGUCAGCCACGGCUGCUACUGCUUGGCCCUGCUGAGGUCCGUGCCAGCUGCAGCCUACAUCGUCCUGGUCACCGUCCUGCGCUAUCACCUCUUCAUAUGGAGCGUCUUUUCUCCCAAACUGCUGUACGAAUCCGUGCACCUUUUGCUGACUGCAGGAAUCUGUCUCUUCUUCAUCACGAUGGAGAAAACGCAGCUAGAAUAAGUUGCGGUGGAGCCACAGACUGAUAAUCUGAAGGAUAUAGGUCAGACACCGGUCUCCCCUGGCCUCCCACUAAUACUUAGUAAUCUGCUCCCUCUUUCACACUGUAGAUAGAUGUUUCCAAAACUCUCUGGAGUCAGAACAAAGAAAAGCAGUGCUCCGAUAUAUUUUUUACAAUAUUUUGUUCUUUCUAAGAAGACAAAUAUUUGAGAAUUAAUAAAAGUGGGUGGAUGUAAAUGCUUCUGGAGAAUGUUUUAUUUAUUUUUGAUCUCAGGGAUGAGUGUACAAUAAUUUGCAAGAUGAACAAAGCAGCUGUGCGAGUAGCAGGACAACUUUGAUGUCUGGUUUCAGCCUCAGCGCUGCUUUCACUCUCGCCGGCCUGAAGUCGGGCCGAGCGGCUCCGUGUGUCUCUUUGACAAAGCGGGGAGGUGAAUAGAAGCUUUAGAGCCCCUUGUCCUGCCCUGGCAGAUGAAAGUGUCUGCUACUGAAAGGCGAUAUGCAGUCGUACAUUUAUUAAUGUACAACAAAACUAACUCGAGUGCGACGAUGUCAGACAAUACUCGAUCUGCAUGUCCACAGAGAUUUAUAGAAUAAGGGCUCUGAUCAGGCGGCAUGAGUGAAAAUACCUGCGUGGGAGUAAAGCGGGGGGACGGAGUGGGAGGUUUCAUGACACCACAGCUCUCCUGAGAAUGUUUCCAACAUGAAUCAACGUAUCGUGAGGUAGUUUAUUUCCCCCUCACAAGUGUUGCACCCUCCACAUGCUGUUUACACUUUAGUAAUGUUGACACAGUGCGUCUCAAAAGAUUUAGUCCUGGUCACAAAAUGAGUCUACGAUAGACGCUGGAGGAGCCCCCUGCCACAGUUAAUGCACUGCUAUGUGAGGUUUCUAUUUAAAGUUGCAGAGGAAGGUCAUUUAUCUUUGAUUUAUCUCAGAAAUGCAUGCACUAGUCAUAAUCAUAAUUUCCUCGGUCUGACACAAACUUCUUUGACCUGCACUCGGCAUGUUGCUUCAAUAUCACAGAGGAUACCAUCAAGGUAAAAGUGGGCGCUGAGCCAACGCGGUGACAGUUUAGAGCCAAAACAGCAAACAAGAGGCUGCAGCUCUGCCAGAACCUGAUGGCCGAUUGUUGAAGUGAAAUCUGAAAAUGAGAAGCGUCCCGGCAGCAGCAGCAGGGAAGGCCAUAGUCUGUGAGGUGUAAAUGCUCUUAGUCACGUUAAGUUUGUGUCAUUUGUGUGACGGCAACUCCUCACACCGCCUGCAUGUGCCACCGCGAGUCCUUUAUUGCUGAGGAACAAGACCCAAAGUAAAAAGUAAGACUAUAUUUCAGCAGUUAUUUUCAUGACAUGAGCGGUGUCGAGAACAGCAGCAACGACUUCAAAGCACUUUGUUGAUUAUUACCUGCCAGCUCUGACAUCAUCACCAUUUGAGAAUAGACUAAAAAGGAAAAUAACAACCAGCUGAAAGACUUAGCUUUAAAUCCACCAUGUGCAACAUUUCACCUCCAGGCAGGAAGGUGAAUUGCAAGUUCCCACCCCGGCGUUUGUCACUCACUUUGAUGAGCUGUCUGCCUUGAAACGGCGUCUCGCCUAAGGCCGAGAUCUCUUCCAUCCACGAGCUGCCACAGGCGGCGAGGAAACAGGUGCCACGCCGGGGAGGAGAUGUUCAGUCUGUGAUUUUUAAAUGAAUGUCGUCUGACGCAAGUUCUCUCUUUUGUUUUGCGACCGUCGUACCUGCUGCUGCGGCUCACCUUGACACCGUGCUCGCCGCCGACUGCAUCAAGCAGCAGAUGGAAUUUAAAUGUCCUCGGCAUCAUCGGGAAGUCAGACAAACAGAAGGAUUUGCAUUUCAGCAGAGGGUCCGCGGCGGCAGACGCGCGCUGCAUAUGGAUCCCUGCAGGUCGGCUGCUUCCCGUUAGAAGGAAAGUUGAGCCUGAUCCCUUUUCUAAACAGACAGGAUACUGUUAACAAGUGCCUUUACCUCCCUGCAGGGGAUGUGGCUCACACUUCUAAGUCUAAUGUAAAUAGUUGAUGAGCCGGAUGAUAAUCUUGUGACGAUGAGCCUGUCAGUGCCCGCGAUGCUUCACUUCACCACGCUGGACCGACGGUUCCUACGUUGUCGCUACAAGCUGAGCUGGUAGUUUCUCCUCUCGUUGUUAUUCCUGGAGAUUAAAAACGACCUGGAAUGACCAGCAAUACUUUUUCAUAGACGAAGAUGGAAACGAUUGUUGCUAGGGACGUUGUAGUGGCUUCCUGCAAUUCAGAAGAUAAAUUAUGCUUGAUAGAAUAAAAUCCACCUGCAUCUUAUCGGCUUUUCGCACUAAGUAGAAAUAUUUUGGCACCGUUUCAUAGUGCUGACCAGCUCUGUGGAGUCUGGCAAACUCCCGGAGUGUUUUUAGGACACUUGGUUUGACUUUCAUCUGGGGUUUUUGAGGGAUUUGGGAUGGGGUUUUUUUUUUUUUUUUUUGUCUAUUAACUUUACAAAAAAAGUGAAGUAAAUGUCUUAAAAGUGAAGGAUGGGUGUUAUCAGGUCAGUAAGACCUUCAGGGUGUAAUCAAGACAUUGAUCAUCACAGCAGAGCAUGGGGGUGAGGAAAACAAUGAAUGUCCAGUCCCUGGAGUCUUCAGCUCGCAGAGAAAAGAUUAAUCUCAACUCUGGCAUGUUCGGAGACAGGGAUUCUUAUUUUUUUUGUUCUUGUCAUUUCCAAAACCUUGUGGAUCGUCUCUAAGACGCGUCUGCAUUGGUGCAACAAGCAGCCUCAAAGCGUCCUGACAGAUCUGAUGGGACUAAACACUGUGUGUGAAGUCGCUCCUCUGUAUCCAAACAGCCAGCAGCCCGUAAAAUCCAUCUGAAUAAUUGUUUUGUUCCUGAAGUAGAAGGCUGUUUACUGUCUUGUACAUCACACCAGCCUCUGAUACGCAGUUUUACUUUCUCCCGAGUCCACCUUUGUUGAGCCACCUUGUAUUUCUGUCGGUGUCAGUUUUCUUGUGGUUGUGUUGUUUUACACGUGUCUGGUUUUUCUUCUGUCUUCAUGUCAUCAUUUUUGGAAAGCAGCACGUAAACAUUUCACAUGUGUACGACAGGGCUCAUUCUGAGUGUGAUCAGAUAUUUCUGCUGCUCCUUAAGUCUUUUCAUGAACUUAGCAUGAUGAAUUUUAUUACCGUAUUUUCUGGACUAUAAGCCGCUACUUUUUUCAUAGGUUUUGAACCAUGCAGCUUAUACAAAGGCGCGGCUUUUCUGUGGAUUUUUCUUCCACCGCUAGGGGGAGUGCUAACCGGAAUUAGAAUCAAAACUAAGACAAAAUAAAUGCAAAGAAGAAUACGCUACUUCUUCUUUAGCAGAUAGAAGCAGAAGCAGAUUUCAAACAGAUGAAUAGAUAAAUAAAUAACGGUUAUUUUCUCUUGGUUCUAUCCCGUUUUAAUCAACAAAGUUGCUGCCGUGUUAAAAGACACUGUUAGGAAAGGAUCUAUUUAGGUACAAACAUGUACAUCAUUUACAGUUCAACAUCCUUCUAAACAUGUAGUAAAUAUCUAAUCUAACAACAUAAAUAUCUGCAGCUUGCAUAUCUUUUUUUUUUUUUAAAUAGAGUGGAUGCGGCUUAUAUGCAGGUGCGGCUUAUAGUCCAGAAAAUACGGUAAUAAUUUGUUUUUUCAGCUUUAAUUUCUGUGCUUAUUAAACUGAGGGUGUGAUUUUGCUUUAAACCUGUGAAACAAAUGUGAAAUGAGAGAGAAAAUCACUUGUAUGUAUCCUUUUCUUUUCCAAUUGAAAUAAAUAACACUGU